AUGGACAAGACGGAAUCCCUGCCGGACGACGCGCUCGCCCACAUCCUCGGCCGCCUCCAGCCGCGCGACCUCGCCGCGACCCGCUGCGUGCGCAAGGCGUGGUGCGCCAUCGUCGACGGCCGCCGCCUGCUGCUUCCCCACCUCCUCCCGCGGGCCGUGCGCGGCCUCUUCCUCAACUACGGCGACCACGCGCGCUUCUUCGCCAGCCCCUCCUCCACGCCGAUCCACAGCGAUCUCAGCUUCCUGCCUUGCUGCGGCGGCAGCUCUACAGAACUCGUGGAUCACUGCGGCGGCCUCCUGCUGCACCGUGACUGGAGGACCCUCUGCGUGAUCAACCCCGCCACCAGGCGCUGGGAAGAUCUUCCAUGGGAGGACGACGGCUGCGACGCGUACCUUGCGUUUGACCCUGCCGAGUCGCUGCACUAUCAGGUGUUCUCCGUCCCUUCCGACCCCGAGAAGGUCGUACUGAACCCACACGAUGAGUUUGAAGAGGAUUUGAUCGAAUGUCCACCAUCCACCUGGACCAUAAACGUGUUCUCGUCCAGCACAAGGCAGUGGCAGAGGAGAUCGUUUGUCCGUGAAGCCGAGGCUCCGGAGACAGUAUUACAUCCAAUAUCCAUGCCAUGGAGCCGCCAGAGGGGUAGGCGAAGCGUGUACUGGCGAGGAUCACUUUAUGCGCACUUUUAUGGCGUGUUUCUUGUGAGGUUAUCUUUAUCAAAUGGGAAGUAUCGAGUAAUCAAAACACCGAUAAAUGACGAGGAGAGCAUUCACGUCAAUGUUUUAAAUAGCCGGCUAUAG